GCUAAACCGUAAAUUAAGGUAGCUCGACUUUAAGGUACCAAAACCUAACCAAACCUACAACUACUGCUUCUUUCUUGCUACUUUCCCAUCGCCCAUUCCCCUCUCUUCUAUUUAUUGCUCCCUUCCAGCACAGGAAACAAGCAAAGCAAAUAGAAAGCUCAGCUCCCUUUCUUUUCUCCAUCACCCAAACCUGAAACCUCCACAGAGACUAAUUGUACAUUGCAGAAGAUCAAUGGGGAACUACUCUGCAGUUUGUAACGUCGUCGUGCUACGCUGCAGCAUGGUCCUCCUCCUCCUCCUAAUGGUGCUUGUUUUAUCACAGGAGACUCAGCUGGUUUCUGGUUCUUCUAUGACACAAGGAAGCCUUCGUCCUCAAGAGUGCGGAGGGAGAUGCAGUGCUAGAUGCUCGGCGACGUCGUACAAGAAGCCAUGUAUGUUCUACUGCCAAAAAUGUUGUGCCAAAUGUCUCUGUGUCCCUCCUGGAACUUAUGGCAACAAGCAGUCUUGUCCUUGCUACAAUAAUUGGAAGACCAAGCGUGGCGGCCCAAAAUGUCCUUGAAAAAAAUAAUAAUAAUGUUAAAAUUGUUUCAGACCUAGAUGGGUUUCUUCUUUUAGAGCUCGUUUGCUUGUUGGAUUUGAAAAUGAGGGUUUUGAAUUUUCAAAACCUUUGGAUUUAUGAUGGAUUUGUUGCAUUAUGGAUUUGGAAGAGUACAUUGUUUGUGUAGUUUAUUUUUGUUAUAGAUUCAUGGUGGAUUUGUUCACAUUUUGCCUUCCAUUAUCAAAUCCCAAAUGAAAUGUGGGAUUUGCAAAUCCGUGGAUCUAAGUGUCUCUUAGCAAACAAUGGACUUGUGCCAAUUCCAUUAUCCCUAAUUUGCAUUUGCUAGAAGUUGAAGGAGUACGCGAAGAGAUAAGGCGAGCUUGUUUUCGAAAUGGACGGGCUGGAAUGGCCCAUUUUCUUAAACGGGUUGCUAUGAGUUGGUCCAUGUAAAGGGCCCAUGUUCCUUGUCAUUGGAAGGACCAAAAAGUUCGGGUCCAUAGAUCACCGCGAUAUUCAUGUUUCUCCAAUUGUGGAUUGCUCGUUUUGCGACAACAGUAAUGUGAUAAGAAUAUCCAUAUUCGAAAAGAGGGGAAAAAUUGGGUUCAGAUUUCAUGCCAAAUUUAAUUAUGAAAACAAAAUCUACACAAAAAU